CAGAGCCCCUGCUGCAAACAGCUUUGACGUAGAACUAUCGCUGCAUUUUGCUCAGCCUUAAGUGAGCAGCGUACAGGCCAGCAAAUAUAAUUUAUAUGCAAAACGAAUUUGCCGGCGGCACACUGUGUUCACAGACUUUUCGAGGCGAUGUCAAACAUCGUGCAGUAUAUUGUGGUGCGAAGCGAUUUGCGCUCUACCCUGAACUGGCCACUGGGCGCGGUGAUCGCGCAAUGUUGCCAUGCAACGGCGGCGGUGAUGAGCGCCCAUGUGGAGGACGAGGAGACGCAAGCGUAUCUCAAGGAUCUGGACAAUAUGCACAAAGUGGUGCUGGAGGCCAAGGAUGAGGCGGCGCUAUUGAAGCUCAGCGAUAAGCUAAAGGAGCACGAAAUCAAGCACAAACUUUGGAUCGAACAGCCGGAGAAUAUACCGACCUGCGUGGCAAUCAAGCCCUACGUUAAAGAUGUGGUCCACAAAUAUGUGAAGCAUCUGAAACUAUUGAAGUAAACUCACAUGCUGAUCUGAUGCCAAUCUAUAGCAUAAUCCCAGCUAGCAUUUAUGUUUCAAUAAAUCAACAAAACAACUUGGCAAAUCCUGAACCAGCACACUCCGCUUCUGCUGGACGAGCAGAAAAGCCAACCAAGCACCUGUUGCGUGGAAGCUCUCAGCAAAAGCAGCCGGAAAUAACUUGACCAUAAACCCUAAUGAAAUAUCUUAGCAGUCCCAAUUUAUGGCCGGACGUUGACCAAACAGACAAAAACCUAACCCUGACCAUGCUCUUGGAAGCGUAGAUGGCUAGCGUAGAUAGGGCCCCUGCAUAGAGUAUGACGAUUUUAUAAAGAAACAUCUUCGAUCCCUCCAAUAUAAAAAACUAAGCCCAAGCCUUUUUGUACCGUAUGUAAUGCAUUAUGUGGAGAAUGCGCGAAAACGAUUGUUUGCUGCUUUUAUGCUCUUCCAUCGCUUAAAAACUCAUUUCCAAAACUCUCUGCAAUUUCACUUGACAGAGGUUUCAAACAAACCAGCCUUUCGUUAUU